AUGGCUUCGGAACCUGAAUUGACCAUGCCCCUCGAGGAUCAUAAGUCCAAGGCUGUGACUCGGGACACUAUCAAUCCAGUUGACCCUGCGGACAUCCCAGUCGUGGCGUCGAAGCGACAGAGUCUAUCGGACCUCUUCACCAUUUUCGCAAGUGGCUUCGCUCUGAUCAGCGAUGGAUAUCAAAAUAACCUAAUGACCAUGACCAAUGUCCUCCUCAAAAAGGAAUAUCCGAAGGAGUACACAACUACCGUCAGCACGCGUGUCUCCAAUGCUCUCCUUGUCGGCGAGGUUAUUGGACAAGUUGUAAUUGGCUUGACGUGCGACUAUCUGGGCCGUAAGACCGCCAUCGUCUUCACCACUCUCAUGAUUGUCAUCGGUGGCAUUCUCGCCACAGCCUCGCAUGGCAUCACAAUCGACGGCAUGUUCUGGAUGAUGACGAUCGCCCGUGGUGUCGUCGGGUUUGGCGCCGGGGGCGAAUACCCGGCCUCUUCAGCCUCCGCCUCAGAAGCAGCAAAUGAUCUAACCCCAAAGCACCGGGGUCCUGCCUUUAUCAUGGUAACUAAUUUCCCAUUGUCAUUCGGUGGACCAUUCGCAGUAUCAAUAUUCUUGAUUGUUCUCUCAGCCUGCCAGCAGUCCCACUACAGCACCGUGUGGCGCGUGUGCUUCGGAAUCGGCUGUAUCUGGCCCCUAUCGGUGUUCUACUUCCGCAUCCGCAUGCUGAACUCAGUGCUGUAUCGACGUGGAGCAAUCAAGAAGCACGUACCCUACAUACUCGUACUGCGAUACUAUUGGAAGGCCCUAAUUGGAACUUGUGGUGCUUGGUUUCUCUACGACUUCGUCACCUUCCCCAACGGCGUCUUCUCCGCCACAAUCAUAUCUUCCGUCGUAGGAGACGGCACACUACUCCAAACCGGCGAAUGGCAACUUCUCCUCGGCGCCCUCGCCCUCCCAGGCGUAUUCCUAGGCGCCAUCCUCUGCGACCGCCUCGGCCGCAAGCCCAUUAUGAUGAUCGGUUUCAGCGGAUACCUCAUAUUCGGCCUGAUAAUCGGCUGCGCCUACGAGCGCAUCGUCAAGAUCGUUCCUCUCUUCGUCGUCUUCUACGGGCUGAUGCAGAGCUCCGGCAAUUUCGGUCCGGGAAAUAUGCUCGGGUUGAUCUCGUCUGAGUCGUAUGCUACAGGUGUGCGCGGCACCUGUUAUGGUCUUUCUGCGGCUGUUGGGAAGGCGGGUGCUGCCGUGGGUACGCAGGCGUUCUUGCCGAUUCAGGAGAAGCUGGGUAAUAAGUGGACUUUUAUUGUUGCUGCUAUCUGUGGUGUUGUUGGGAUUCUCGUUACUUACUUUUUCGUGCCUGAUUUGUCGGAUGAGAAUUUGAGGGUAAGGGAUGAGAAUUUCAGGGCGUAUCUGGUUGAGAAUGGUUGGGUGGGUGAGAUGGGUGAGAGUGACUUGCAGGCUGCGGCUGAUCAGGCGAGUGCGCCGGGCCUUGAGGAUAAGACUGUGAGUCAAUCGGUUAAGGCUUGA